AUGUGGCGCUUCCGGAAUUCAUACUGCAGCCAGAGCUACGUGCUGAUCAAAGGCUGGAGCCGUUUCGUGAAGGAGAAGGGCCUCGAGGCCGGCGACGUCGUCUCCUUCGAGCGGUCCACCGGCCUCGAAAAACAACUAUUCAUCGAUGCCGUCGCCGCCUCCGGCCGCCGCCGCAGCGCGGCAAUCCCACAGUCCCAAGUCGUGAGACUUUUCGGCGUCAAGAUCGCAAGCAUUAUGCCUCCGCUGCAUGCUGGAACAGGAAAGAGGAACAAUGAGAACGCGGAGCUAAUCCCCUCGCCGCCGCCGACGCCAACGCCGCCGAUUAAGAAACAGCGCGUAGAAGCUUUCUAG